AUGUCUCCACCCCCUCCUUCCAAUGGCGAUGUACAGCCUUCCUCUCACAACCGAGGUGGCUGGGUCACCUUUCCAUUCAUCGCAGCAACGACGGUGGGGUUGUUCAUUGCAAUCGGAGGAUGGAUGAACAACAUUCUCGUGUUUAUGAUUGAGGAAUUCAAUUGCAAGACCAUCAACAGCACCCAGAUUUGGAAUGUUGUUCAUGGCUGCGUCGCCGCGUUACCUGUGCUCGGGGCUGUCGUGGCGGACUCCUUGGGAAUUUUCUCCACCAUUUGGAUCUUUUCCCUCGUCAAUUUAUUGGGCUUAAUCCUCUUUACCAUAAUUGCAACUGUCAACUCCUUAAGGCCACCUCCAUGUGAAAAGGGAUCAAGCUUUUGCAUUGGCCCCACGCAAGCGCAACUUGCAAUCCUCUACAUGGCCAUAACUCUUUCAGUAAUUGGUUCUGCCGGGUCACGCCACAUACUAGGAACCAUGGGGGCUAACCAAUUUGACUACGACAAGCCUAGGAGUCAAAGAAUUUUCUGGGACUGGUUCUUUUUCAUUGUGUUCAUUGCCUCGGCUAUAAGCACCACCCUCCUCGUCUACAUCGAAGACAAUGUGAGUUGGGGAAUAGGCCGAUUCUACUGCCAUGUCAAGCCACAGGGAAGCCCGUUCAAGGCUUUGGCCCGCGUUGUGGUUGCAGCUAUCCGAAAGAGGAAGCUUCCGCUCAAGCUGGCCCAAGGUUAUUAUCACGGCAGGGAGGGUGACGGAGAGGUGAGGAUUGUUGGCGCAACACCCACGAAGAAUUUCAAGUUCCUGAACCGCGCAGCUCUGAUAAGUGAAGGAGACCUACAUGAAGAUGGUUCGAUUGCGAAAAGAUGGAGGCUUUGUACAGUGGAAGAUGUACAAGAUAUGAAAACACUAAUCAAAUUAUUACCAUUAUGGUCGAGCGGCUUAUUCCUCGCUACCCCCCAGACCAUGCACAGCAGCCUCACAACCCUCCAGGCCCUCACCAUGAACUGCAGCGUGGGAAGGCACUUGAACGUGCCUGCCGGCUCCAUUCUUGUUUUCAACAUGGUCUCCAGUUGCGUUGGAACUGUUCUCAUCGAUCGUUGUCUCUUCCCUCUUUGGAAAAAGCAAUUUGGUCGAACCCCAACCUCUCUCCAGCGAGUUGGCGUAGGCCACGUUCUCAUAGUGAUUAGCAUGAUUGUUUCGGCUUUGGUGGAGUCCAAACGGCUCGACGUGGCUCAUUACUACAGCAAAAAGAUCAACGCCGCUGACGUCGUGCCCAUGUCGUUGUUCUGGCUGGUGCCACAGCUAGCCUUAGGUGGAUUUGGAGAUGCAUUCCAACUUCCAGGCCACACCAUAUUCUACUACCAGCAGUUUCCAGCGACAUUGAAGAGUACGUCAACCGCGGUGACGAUUUUAUUAUUCGGAAUUGCGUUUUACAUAAGCUCCGCCGUGGUGGACGUUGUGCAGCAAACGACGGGGUGGUUGCCGGAUGAUAUAAAUCAGCGAAGAAUGGACAACGUGUACUGGGUGUUAGCCUUUCUUGGGACUUUGAACUAUGGGUAUUUUUUAAUCUGCGCGUGGAUCUAUAAGCCACAGGGUGUUGAAGAAGAGGUGGGUGAUGAUUGCUCUAGCUCCAGCCGUCAAGUCCAUGUAGCUCCCGAGAAUCAAAGACUUCUUGAUUAG